ACAGAUAUAUGUGCCUCUAAUCCAUGUCAAAAUGGUGGAACUUGCAUUGGAAUUGAUGUUGGAUAUGAAUGCAGUUGUCCAAAUGGAUUUAAUGGCACAGAUUGUGAAACAGAUUUUUGUGAUGUGGUCUUGUGCCAAAACGAAGGAACAUGUCACCAUGCUGCUCUAACUGGUUUCGUGUGUGAAUGUAGGAAAGGCUACAAAGGGACAACUUGUCAACUAGACCCCUGCUUUAACCGCACAUGCGAAAACAACGGAACAUGUUAUAUUAGUAAUUACACAUCACUGUGUAACUGCAAGGGUGGAUAUGAAGGAAACAACUGUGAACUUAUCAUUGUUGAAACUGUAGAUAAUACAUGGAUACCAAUAGUAGCUGGUACAUUGGGCGGCGUUGCUCUGCUAGUUAUCAUUGCUGUGAUUGUGUAUUGCUGUUUAAAACAAAGGUACCGCUACAGUGACUUUCUUUAUUGCUGUUUUAAAAAGAAAAGAAUGAAACCAGAUUCAAAAGAUUUAAAGACAAACAAGGACAAUAACAACAUCUCUAAUGUAUCAACCGAAGCUCGCCAACCCACCAUGAACUGUGAAGUUGGACCAAACCUAUAUUACAAUGUUAAUACAUAUGCAAACAUUGCACAAACUACUGAUGAAGGGGACUAUGUUAGUUUGUCUUAAAAUUUCUUAUAAGUUGUGUAUUUUAUCGACAAUACUUCUUGGGUAAAUUUUGAAAGAGCAUUAUUGUUUUGAAUUUGUAUUUAGGAUUUAUUUUAACUGUGUAAUUUUAGUUGUUUUCUGUCAAUCAUAUAUUGUAAGGCGAAUUAUUUUUUAUUGGUAUAUGUAAAAUAUAAGGCUCAGUUGCUGUUUAUCACUUUGCAAUGCUAUAUUGUAAAAUAUAUUUCAUUGAAAAAUACAUACCAUGUCAAAACCACUCUGGUCAAAACGUUGCGCUGGAUUCCAAUUUUUGACCAAGAACUUAGUUUAAAUAAACACUGUAGAUUUUAUCAAGGUAGGAAUAUGAAUAGAACAUUAACUGAAAUUCUUGUUUUGUCAAGUAAACGUAACGUUCGCUAAACGAUCUUUUGGUUUAAGUAAAAAAAGGAUAUUUUGCUACACCCCUCUUACUUGUAAGGAUUUCUUUUUUAAAUGGCAUCACUAAAUUUUGGCGGCUUGGAUAUAAAUUUGUCAGAAUUCACUACUAAAAGUCUUUGUUUUGAGAUAAGUUGCGUAUGCGUUACAUAAGUUAUUGUUUUGUUGUUGUUUACAUUUAACCGCUUAUCGCAGUUUGCUUUCAGAUUAUUUUACAAUAACAUCUCAGGUAGUAAAAUGGAAUCGGUUAAAAGUAGGCCUAUCGACGAUUUCAUACCGGUUAAAAAACCGCGGUUAAAUAAAUCGACUGUAAAAGAAACAAACGAAAAACCAAACCCUC